AUGAUGUUCCCAGGGAUCCUGCUGUCCAUGAUCAAUAUCAGCCUCCAGCAGCUGCUUGGCUAUCAGGCAAGGACAUCUUUGCACUCCCGGAGCAGAACUGGGAGUCCCGAGCACGGUGCACUGGACCUCGUCACGGCUGGAGCCCGGCACAGUGAUACAGCCACCAUGGAAGGGAAGCUGGUCGUAGAAGAUAUUGAAGAGCUGGAUAUAGAAGAGGACAAGCGCAUGAAGAUGACAUCAACUGUCAGCCAUGACAACAGCACUGGGGUGCUGGUGCUAAACCUCAGUGGAGAGGAGGAGAAGGAGGCCUUGCCCAGAGCAGGCCAGCCCAUGGGAGUAUCCAUGCCACCCCGGUGGAAUGUGGUAUGGACUUCGGGGGAGCAGAUCAGAAUCGUGGCCACUGAGCAGAACGCCGGCUCUGACUCGCGCACCAGCUGCCGGGGCUCGGAAGGGGAAGUCCCCGAGGCAAAGGGUGCAGAGCCGGCCACACGCUUGCCAUCUGUGACCUCAACCAAAGAGGCCCUGGUGGCCACAGAGGAUGAACUGCAAGCCAGCCUGGGGAAGACCCUAGAGCUCAGAAUCAGAGACCAGAGUGGCUACAACAUCAUCAGGUGCCUGAUAGGGGAAAAGACCCCUUCCAGAGGUGAAGAUGACACAGAGAAUGGGUAUGAGUGGGACCAGGAGGGGGCAACUCCAGAGCAGGGCCCAGUAUCACCCAGUGCGGACAAGAAGAUUUUGCCUGAGAACAAUUUCAAUCAGUCGAGAGAGGACAGGGACCUUCUGCUGCAGGAGGGAUGGGGCAGCCCGGGAGUUAGAGUGGAGGAAGUGCCAUCCUCAUCAGGCAGGGCUUCCCGGUCCUUCUCUCCAGAAAGCAUCACCCUCUCCCGGCUGACCGGCUCUCCCAGCUUGGAUUCCCCUGGAGCACUGCAGUGCAAUCCCUCAUCCGAAACCUCUCAGGAGACAAGGACAGAGCCUGAGCCCAGCUGGUGGCUUCGUCCCAACCCUGCCUGUCAGCUCUGCAAGGGGGGCCUCAGGAUCUUCGGCCCCCUGACUUGAAGGGGCUGGAGGAGGAGGUAAGGCAUAAGCUUAGCUGCUGUCACAAAUGGGGAGCAGAUGCACAUGGGGCCAUCUUCUCCAAGGCAAAGAGGCUGUUUUCCAGUUACCGCCUCUGCCCUCCUGGGGACUCCAGGGCACAGGCCUUAGCAAGAGUGGCUGUUCUCCCAGAGAGCACAGCGGCUGCCCUUCAGAUGACGCUAGUCCGCACCAGGCCCUCAGCCCACCUGAGACGCACACCCACCCUCCAGGCUAUGACCUCUCAGCACAAGCAUGGUGAUUUCUCUUCAUCAUUCCUCCAGUGGGCUCUCCGGAAGCUGAAGAUGUUGGUUAAAAAGACAGCCCCCAAAUCCUAGCUGAGACUCUCCCCCCCACAGAUGGCUGCCACCUCUAUUAAAAGAUCAGCCCCACCAUUAAAGUGAAUGAAAGCAAAGUAGCAUCGGGCUUUGAAGUCUUGGCUGCACUGAUCACAGCAGCUGCGACACCAGAUGAAAUGUUCUCAUUGGCUUUUUGCCUCCGGGCAGCUAAUGGGGGGCAGAAGAAAUCAGUAUGACCCACCCUACGCAUGGUGCUUCAGGGUGCACAGAGCACCUAAGGGAGUUGAAGAAAAGCGGCUUUGCUGCUUUCAUGUAGGCAACCUGAAAUGUUAUUUUAUUGCCUUAGAAAUUAACCUGACCUGGUCAGUGGGAAUCAUGCAGGAUGCAGAGGGGUAGAGGAGGAGCUCCCAUAAGCUUUCAGCGAGGGGAAGAAUCUUUAUUCACAUAUAACUUUCUUCCAAUGCUUCAGUCGAAUGUUUUAAAACCUAACACUGGGGUGCUGAACUCCCACAGCUUAGGAGUUGUAGAUGCUGAUCCUCCUCUGAAAAACAGGCCCAGAGUUUUAUGGGCUGGAAAAAAAAAAAUCACUUCCUCCCCCAGUCAUGUUUCACUGUUGCUCUGUUUCUGUAAUACAAUAAUCUCCAUAGUCUUAGCAGACAUGUGACCUGAAUAUUUAAUGGCAGGAAAACAGACAGAUUUUAAACACCUUUCCACCAUUCUUUCCCUGAGCUGGUCACCCCCAGGGACCAUCUCGAGCAAGCCCAGAGCAACACCCUGAUCUUUGCCGCAGCUGCUUAGUCUCUAAAACGAAGGUCUCCAACGCUGAAGCUCCUACAGGAGGCACUCCCAUGAGUUUGCAGGAUCAGGGCCUAUGUUUAUACUGUACACACAUUAAUGGCAGUCCUAGUUACCAUUAAAUCUAGGCCACCAAGCCUUACAAAAUGGAUCCAGCCACAGCACACUGCUGCCCCUAGUAAGUGCUAUUGCUCCAAAACCACAGCUACUUUAUUUAAAGAGACCCUGAUGCAUGUUGUCGUACCAGGCUGCAUUGCAGAAAGAGGCAAAGAUGGUUAAUUAUAUUUGAUCUCACCACACACUUGCUCCGCUUUUCCUAUGGAGAAGUCUUGCUCCUUUGAAGUCUCAGGGAAAACUCUGGUUGAAGCUGAACAAUUGUAGUUUCGAAGACUGGUAUUUGGGAUGCAUAAUAUGGAAAUCAAGGCAGGUGCACUGGGAAGCGCAUCCAUUGCCUUCCCCAAGAACGUUCCUAGGCCCUUUCACUUUUUUCACAGGGUAGAGGCGUACUAACCAUGCAGUCAUUGCAAGGAGGAGCUUGGCUGGCAUGUCCCAUCGGCUCUGCAUGGAUAGCAGUGAUCUCAUGAUGAGUUACUUGGGACUUUGCCCUAGUACCUUUUCCCAGCAUUCCCUCCCCCACAGUGAGACAUGGGAAACACCACUCAGUGCCAUUUAGCCACUGUCCCCUUUUCUGAGAUGCUUGGGAUUCUACAGUGUGGAACAUACAGACUUCCCAGAUGGCUGUGAAAGAGCAUCGCAAACUGCACAGGUCAGAAAUAUGCAGAGCUUUUAAAAAAAAAAAAAAAGCCAUGAAUAGCACGCUGCAGAAGUGGUGUCAUCUGACUAGAGAGCUGGGCUGAGCUCAGACCCAGCUGGAAUGGGCACUCUCUGCACAUUUAAAGCUCCUUACUCAAAACUAUACACCUCUGAUUGCUGUCUCCCUCACACUGCCAUGCUUUCACAGUCAGGUUCGGGUCCAGAGAGAAAAGUUACAUCCUUUGUACUGAGCUUUGAUCCUAAAGUUCUAACCACGGCAGGCUAGGAUUUCUAAAGCUGUAUUACUCUCGUGCUCACUAGAUGGGUUGCACACACAGCCCUGCCGACUGACGUGCUCCAUUUUUGCAUAAAACAAGCUUCCACAUGCUGCCCUACUAGCUAGGACCUAGAAGACAUGAGACGAGAUCGUCCUUGGCCUCUAAUGAGAUUGUCAAUUGGGGCAAUUUAUGAUGUGGACACUUCUCCAUAGAUAAAGACCUGAUUUCACACAGAUUCCUCACCCAGGAGAUGGGGAAGUACUUGCUCAAACCUUUAGGAAUGUUUAUGAAAAACAUUAGGGUAGUUGCUUGGAUCUUUCUCCCCUCCCCCCUCAGAAACCAGCUCUUCCCACCUAUAUAUGGCCAAGAGGGCCACUGCCCCCCAUUGCACCUAUAACACCCAUCCCCAAACAGGG